GAUCGGUGGGUCUAUUCAACAAGAUUCUUAGUCAAAGUAGACAACCCUACAGAAAAAGGAAGGGAGGGGGAGAGGUAUCCAGUGCUAACACUCAGUUUAUCAAUCCUAGUCACCGCGGAGGAAUGGCCGGCCCGCAGGAUGCCGCGGAAGGCGCGAUGAAGAUCGGCAUGGCGGCCUUCAACGCGGGCGACAAGAUCAGCUCGGAGUUCCUCGCGAUCAGCUAUGGCGCGUUGGUUCGCCAGAUGAUCGACGACCUCCCGCAGGAGGACGACGUCGAGGCGGUGAAUCAGCAGUUGGAGGCCGUCGGCCACCGCAUCGGCGCACGGUUGGUGGAGGAGUACAGCAUGCGGAGCGGCGCGCCGCCCUGCCGGACCUUCGCGCACGCUGCGGAGAGCGUCGCGCGUAUCGGAUUUCGUAUGUUUUUGAACAUCAGCGCGGAUGUGGCGCCGGUGAAGGAUAGCGCAGACUCCUUUUCGAUCACCUUCUACGAUAACCCCCUCUCGUUAUUCGUGGAGUUGCCACCAGGGCCUUUGUUAGAUCAGUUAUGGUACUCCAAUAUCAUCUGUGGCGCGAUUGCCGGAGCGCUAACCAUUGUUGGGUUCCGCUGUGAGGUCCGCUUUGUGAGUGAUAAGCUCCGUGGUGAUCCCAAGAACGAAAUCACGAUCUGCUUUAAGGGCCGAGAAAGGGAAACGUUCCAGGUCGAGGAGAAGUAAAGGGCAGAGCGAGAGAAGGAGAGGGAGGCGAAACGGAGAAGAGCAGCUUAUUAUUGUUCCUUCUCAUGUGGGAAUAUCUACCUAUGUGUGUGUGUGUGUGUGCUUACGUGAUUUGGGACGACGAUCGGAGAAUUAAGCUCCUCAGGAUCUUUGAAAUUUGCGAGAACAACAAGGUAACCAAAACCAAAA